AGCGGCGCGGCGGGGCGGGGCAGGGCGGCUCGCGGCUGGUGGUGCAGCGCCCGCCAUGGCUCUGGUCUCGGCGCCGCUGAGAGUCUGCAUCGUGGGCUCGGGGAACUGGGGCUCUGCUGUUGCCAAAAUAAUAGGCAAUAAUGUAAAAAAUAUGCAAAAGUUUGCUUCCACAGUGAAAAUGUGGGUCUUUGAGGAAAAUAUUAAUGGGAGAAAACUGACAGAUAUCAUAAAUAAUGAACAUGAAAAUGUAAAAUAUCUCCCUGGUUACAAGCUGCCAGAAAAUGUGAUUGCCAUUCCAAAUCUUAACGAAGCUGUGCAAGAUGCAGACUUGUUGGUCUUUGUCAUUCCUCACCAGUUUAUUCAUAAGAUCUGCGAUGAGAUCACAGGACGGGUACCAAAGAAAGCUGUUGGGAUAACACUCAUCAAGGGAAUAGACGAAGGCCCAGAGGGACUCAAACUGAUUUCUGACAUUAUUCGAGAGAAAAUGGGAAUAGACAUCAGUGUGCUGAUGGGCGCUAACAUUGCCAAUGAGGUAGCAGCAGAGAAGUUCUGUGAAACCACAAUAGGCAGUAAAAUCCUGGAGAACGGCCUUCUUUUCAAAGAACUCCUGCAGACGCCAAACUUCCGAAUAACUGUAGUAGACGAUGCAGAUACUGUUGAGCUUUGUGGCGCUCUUAAGAACAUCGUGGCAGUGGGAGCUGGGUUUUGUGAUGGCCUUCGCUGUGGUGAUAAUACCAAAGCUGCUGUUAUUCGACUUGGCCUAAUGGAGAUGAUUGCAUUUGCAAAAAUCUUUUGCAAGGGACAGGUGUCUAUUGCCACUUUCCUGGAGAGUUGUGGAGUCGCUGAUCUGAUCACAACGUGUUAUGGUGGCCGCAAUCGAAGGGUGGCUGAAGCAUUUGUUAAAACUGGGAAGUCCAUUGAAGAACUGGAGCAAGAAAUGCUAAAUGGUCAGAAAUUGCAGGGACCAGAGACUUCGGCAGAAGUAUAUCGUAUCCUGAAGCAGAAAGGAAUGGUGGAUAAGUUUCCACUGUUCACUGCCGUAUAUCAAAUCUGCUAUGAAGGGAAACCUGUCCAAGAGAUGAUAUCCUGUCUUCAGAGUCAUCCAGAGCAUAUGUAAAAUGAAUUGUGCAAUUAUACUAAUACAGCUUCCGCCUUUCAAAUUCAUAUUUGGAUUCAAGUGGAUGUAAACAUUAGGCAACCAUAUGAAUGUAUAUGAAUUUCUGUAGUUUUUUUGACACAAUUUAAAAUUGUAACGUAGUGUCGGAUUGGUGGCUGUCAUUUUACUGGCUAAAAAGCAGAUGUUUUAAGAUAUACAAUGCAAAACUUGCACUAUAUAUAUAUAAAAAUAUGUAUGCAUCUAUUUGUGUUUCUAUAGUACAAGACAUAAACAACACUUAGUAAUCUUUCAUUCUGAAAUUCCUCUCUCAUUAAAGACCCAAUCCAGUGCACACUAGAAACAAUGGAAGGAAUCCCAUUGGCUUCAAUGGGAGUUGGAUUGGGCCCUGAUAGCCCCAAUAGCGUUAGCUAUGUCUACAAACACUUGAUUUUACUUUGUAAUACACACCAAGACUUUUUACAUGUUUGCAUGCUUUUUGGCGAUAGUUACUUUAAGCAAUAUUAAUGAAAAGCUAGUUGUAGCAGUUAUUCAAGGAGGGAGUAGGGGAAUGGCAUUUUAGGUAACUGCAUUUAACAAUAUCCUAUGAUUUUUAGACAGUCUCAAAAUAUUAGACUAGUUCAAAUCAAUUUUAAAGGGUAUUUAAUCUUUUAAGUGUAACAUAUUUUAAAAGGGUACAUUACCUCCCCCUCCGUUUUUAUCCCUUUCUGCUUUCAGUUUUGUAUUUCUGCGUUUCUCUCUUUCUCUUGCUGUUCUCGAAUUCUAUUAGGAAGGACAAGCAGGAGGAUUUUACCAGCACAGACUCUAGCAUAGGGACCCUGUGGUUCAUCCAUGUGCUGUGUGAUUCCAUUUAUUUUAUUUUAGGCCCAUUCUUGUGGUAGCCACUGCCCAAAACUGUCACGCUCUUCUAGCUUAACCUUCAGCUGCAUACCACACAUAGGGGGAAUUCCCAGUACUUCAAGUUUGUGUUGUCUGUUGUCAAAUGAAUUGUACUCCAUGCAUUCAUUUCAGUGCCUACCAGUGCCUGAUGUGUCAACUGGUCUCUAUUGACUCGAUCCAACUUCUACUGAAGUAAAUUAAAAAGUUCCCAUUCUUUAAUUUGAAAGACUUCUGUGGGGAUUGGAUCAAGCCCUUUCUGACCAAUCUGCCUGAAAGCUUCUCAGAGUCCAUGCUGCCUCUCUCUGCUCCCCUUAAGGAAGGAGGGACUGAGAGAGAUUAUGGAGGAGAUUAAUUUGAGUGCUUCUGUUGCACAACUGUUGGGGUACUGCUGGAAUAUCCCUUUUCGGAACAUUUUGAGGAGAGAUGGGGGGAUGGAUGGAUCUUUCUGGCUCAUGAUUUUAUUUUAUUUAAAAGAAAAAAAUAAAUCUAGCCUUAAGGAACAGGCAUAUGGCUGGGCACAUGAAGGGACAACCCAUAGUUGAGACCUGGGGAAUAAGGUUUGUCUAGAGACUGAUAGAGGUCAGCACGGAGCUAAUAAGAGAAGUCUCUUGCUAUUUGGAAUACAUAUUCCUAAUCCCAGAGCAAGAUAGGGAUUGAUUUCUACUUGCUGUUACCAGCUGUGUUGUUUACAGGCCAAGAGCUUUGAGCAUGAAGCCUUUAUGAAGCUUUAAGAUGUCAAGGUAUAGGCCUAGGAGU